AUGGAAGUAUGUUUAGAUGUUGUUUACAAAACUGCAUUGCUUGCUAACAAGUCAUAUGCCUUGGAUGAUCCACACCUUUUUACUGCUCGCAAAUUUUACGAAGCUUGUUUAAAAGGUCCUCAUGAUUCCGCUAAUCAUGUUGCAAAUCAAUUUCGUCAGUUAAUUUCGAAGCUAUUUGGUGAAUGGGAUUUAUUGACAUCUCCUUCAACAAAUAUGACAAAUGCAUCUGAUGGUGCUAGAAAUAUUCUAAAUUUGAGUUUAACUGAUUUAUACCUACCACUGUUAAGCACAACAGGGCAUUCACCCUUGUUUUCAUUGGAUAUCGACGAAGAGGAUCGAACAAUUCGAAUCGAUUGGGAUUAUUUGUUUGACAAAUUGUUCAAUCAAACUGGAUUUAGAAACUACCAUAAAUUACCAGUAAAGGUUGAAGAAAAACAUGCAUUACAAUAUUAUUGUGCAUUCCAUGAAAUUCAAUUGGAAACAGAUGAAGACAAAAGGUCGCUACGUGAUUCACCAACUUAUUUACCUGAGGCCUACUAUUUGAAAAAUUUAAACCGCAUAUAUAUUUUUGCCGGAUUGAUGCAACCACCAUUUUAUGAAAAGGAUGAAGAUUUAUCCACCAGAUACAAUGGAUUGGGUUGGAUUAUCGCACACGAACUUUUACAUGCUAUAGAUCUUAUAGGUGUUCUCGAGGAUAUCAAUGGGAAUCAACGAUCAGGUAAAGAUUCUUAUGCAGGAUUGAUUGCAAAUAUGAGGCAAACAGAUUGUCUACGAUCUCAUUACAAAAUUAAUUCUGAUUCGUUUGAAAAGACUUUAUGUGGCCGUGUACAUAAGGAUUCACGUCAGUACCACAAAUAUAACAUUAAUCACAUUCUACCUCGAUAUAGGCUGAUAGGUGCUUUGUCAAAUAAUGAAGAAUUUGCUAAAGCAUAUGACUGUCCGAUUGGCUCACCAAUGAAUCCUUUGAAGAAAUGUAAAUUGUGGUAA